GAACAGUAUUUGGGACAAAACUCGCAGUGAUCGAGUAUCGUCAAGAAAACGCCUAGGCAUAUCUUUAUUCUAUGCGAAAUAGCUGUCAGAAAGAAUAGAAUAGCUUAAUCCACCUCAUCUAAGGAAUGGCAGCAGACGACCUCUUCAAUGCUCGGAAGAUAUUCAUAGACAGUGUGACGAAGACAGUGAUCAAGCAGCUUCUGGACAACCUUUUGGAGGACAAGGUGCUGAACGAUGAAGAGACAGAUUCAGUGACGGAGGAGAACAGCGCUAGGGCAGAGCAGGCACGAUGCCUCAUCGAUAUGGUGCGGAAGAAAGGGGUCAAAGCCAGUGAGAAGAUGAUUGCCCGAGUUCAGGAGAGAGAUCCUGGACUUCAUGACAAAUGUGGUCUGGCCCCCAGGCAGCUUGCCCAGAUGACACCAUCAUCGCCCCAGUUAUCACAACAGGAGGAGCACCCAGUGUCCUCUGUCCUCAUCCCCAGCACCAAGGACUUUAAGGAGGACAUUCUUCAGAGGAAGCGUCAUGAGGUUUACGUUCCAAUGGAUAAGUCUGGUCGGAAGCGCCUGGCCCUGCUCAUAAACAACGUGGAGUUUGAUGUUAAGAACAUGCUGAGACUAGGGGCAGUGAAGGAUGAGGAGAACAUGGAGAGGCUUCUCAGUGAUCUGGGAUAUGAUGUGGUGAAACACAGAAAUCUGUCUGGACAGGAGAUGGACGAGGCUGUGAAAGCGUUCUCUAAACGUGAAGAGCAUUUAUUGUCGGACAGCGUCUUCGUGGUGAUGAUGUCUCACGGGGAGCUGGGAGGCAUCAUGGGUGUCCACUACAAGGAAGGGGACCCUAAACCUGAUGUCUUCCCCAUCAACAACAUCUUCAUACACCUGAACACAGAGAACUGCAAAGCACUGAUUAACAAACCCAAAGUCAUCCUCAUUCAGGCCUGCAGGGGAGGCAAGAACGGUUCUGUUUGGGUCAGUGACGCGGUGCCUGGGCCCAGCCCUGACCUGGGGUUAGAGAGUGACUCAACCAGGAGGGAGCACAUAGAGAAGGACUUCAUCUCCCUUCUGUCCUGCACACCAGAUACUGUGUCCUACAGAAAUCAAAAGAUGGGCAGCUUGUUUGUCCAGCACAUCAUGGAGACAUUCAACACCUAUGCCCAUAAUGAUCAAAUAGAAGAAUUGUUCAGGAAGGUCAUGGGUCGCUUUGAAGAUUUCCCGAGACAGAUGCCGACCAAAGACAGAGCCACUCUAACAAAGCACUUCUACCUCUUCCCAGGCCUCUGAGAAGUUGUGAUGGCUGAUGAAUUGUACUGUAUUCACAAUAAAGGA